GGAGGAAGAGGAGGAGGAAGAAGAAGAAGAGGAGGAGGAAGAGGAGGAGGAAGAAGAAGAAGAGGAGGAGAAGGAGCGCGUGAAGCCGUCGUGGUUCUGCUCGGACUCUCAUGUUUCCCGUCAGGAUGGAGGAUGUCACGGCUGGUUCCUCCUGAGAGAUGGGGGACCCUCACCGGAGGACCCGCAGGCUCGGCCGCCUCGCGACCGGGUCCCGGGUCUCCAAGGAGACCAAGCUCCGGCUGCGCGUGCUGUUCCUGGACGACAGCGAGCGCACCUUCGAGGUGGAGCAAAAGGUUUUAGGAGGCGACUUCUUCAACAAAGUGUGUGGCCAUCUGAAGCUGCUGGAGAAAGAGUACUUUGGACUGGAGUUCAGGCACCACGGCGGCAACUACGUGUGGUUGGAGUUGCUGAAGCCGCUGGUCAAACAGAUUACAUACACCAGUGAUCUGUUCUUCAGGUUUAUAGUGAAGUUCUUUCCACCAGAUCCUGGACAACUGAAGAGAAGCCUCACCAGGUAUCUUUUUGCCUUACAGAUAAAGCAGGACUUGUCGAACGGCAGUCUGACCUGCAAUGACAACAGCGCCGCCCUGCUGGUCUCUCACAUACUGCAGUCAGAGAUAGGGGACUAUGACGAAGAGCUGGACAAUCACCAUUUAGAGAUGAAGCAGUACGUCCCCAACCAGGAAUAUCUAGACCACAAUAUCACCAAGUACCACAGGAAACACAGAGGUGCGUCUCCAGGAGACUCCGACAUCCAGCUGCUGGAGGUGGCGAGGAAGCUCGACAUGUACGCCAUCAGGCCUCACCCCGCUCACGACGGGGAGGGAAUGAGGAUCAACUUGGCGGUCACACACUCCGGAGUCCUGGUCUUUCAGGGAAACACCAAAAUCAACACGUUCAGCUGGGCGAAGAUCCGCAAGCUGAGCUUCAAGCGCAAACACUUCCUCAUCAAACUGCACGACAAAGUCGGGCCGUCGUGUAAGGACACACUGGAGUUAUCCAUGGCCAGCCGAGAUGUGUGCAAGUCCUUCUGGAAGACGUGUGUGGAGUACCACGCCUUCUUCCGGCUGUCGGAGGAGCCGAAGACGAUGCACAAAACCCUGCUGUCCUGCAAAGGCUCCAGCUUUAGAUACAGCGGGCGGACGCAGAAACAGCUGCUGGAGUGUAUGGGAUCAGGGGAGAAGAAGCCUUCGCACUUUGACAGGACUUAUGGUCAGUCAGACUUUGAUCCCAGACAGUGUCGCUCUUCUCCCGAUCUCCUCACAGACGUCUCCAAACAAUUGUACGAGCACUCCCACCUGUUCACCCGGGCCGGUCACGCCUUAGCGGUCUGCAGUCAGGACGAGUUGGACCCACAUCGCCGCGGCGUGGACGACGUCAACAUCAGAGGAGGGGCUAAACGCAGCCAAUCGUCCAUCGAGGUCGCCCAGAGGACCCGCCCUCUCACCCAAGUCACCCCCCUCUCUCCAUCUAUCCACGCAUCAACCCCCUCGCCCAAGACGAGGUCGGCCUCCAUAUCUCUGAUGGAGGAGGUGAGGGGGGGACGGAUCGGGGUGCAGCGCCAAGCCCAGCGGCUAGCCGGCGUCUAUGGCAACCGCUCGCGGCGUCGGCCCAACCCCCAGCCGCACCCUGACGCCGCUCAGCAGCUUGUGCUCCUCUACCCAAAUAGUCCGGCCUACCAGUAUCGCCCAAUACUCCCCAGAUUCCCACUGGCUGGUUCCUCGCCUCUCAACCGCUACCCGUACUUGUCGGACUACGUUGCCGUUUCCUCACUGGAGCGCUUCCCGCAGGAAAGGAGGCGGGAGUACGUGACGAUGGACGGCCCAUCGCGGCCGCCUUUCUAUCCACUGGGCCACGACUCGGCGUCACUCUCGCCAAUCAGGAGGAACCUGCGGCCCUCCGGUUCAGGCGGGCUGGGAUUGGCUCGGGUUUACCAGCCGGGGAGUAACGGGGCGAGGCUCCUGGGCAUCGGGCGCACGGAGGCGGGUCAUUACAGCGACGACUCCAACUUCCUGCCGGGGCUGCCUCGCCGCGUGGCUAGCCAACCUGACGUCAAGUUUCACCUCUCAAGGAGCUCUAACCCCGCCUUCAACCCCGCCUCCGAGUUCCGUCCCCUUGGUUACUACCCCCACCUGACACGGCCCACCAGACCCACCUACCUCCCGCUGAACUCCUCCCCUCUGCCCGAUCGACCCGCCUCGCUUUGCAUGAUCAGAGGAACCUCGGGAAGCUACAGCGACUCGGACCCGGAGGUUUUCUAUCCGUACUACUGCCCACCACCCCCGCUGGGUAACGUGCUGCGGACUCAUCCCGGACUCGCCAGGAUGAGGUACUCCUCUGGGAGCCUCCAACUGGACGAGGAGGAGGAAGAGGAGGAGGAGGAGUAUAGAGCCGCGAAGGAGAGAGCACAAAGAGAGUUUCGGGGUGAAGAAGAUAAGAAAGAGAAGACUGGAGACGGGACGAAAGGUCCUAAAAAGAUUACGGAAGUCACUCUGUAGAUAACGACGGAAACAAAAAGGUUCACGAUAUGAUCACACUCAACACGGGAAAAGAUUAAAUUGAAAAACACUAGAAUAAACAAAGGUUUGUUGUUUUUGAGGUGUACUGGAAGAUGAAAUGUACGGUUUUUGCCUUGUUUUACUGAUAACCUCAGCUUCUUCAAUAGCAUCUUUACAGGUAUAAGCUUGCACAUGUUGAUUAUUAAAAUCUCUAAUAUCCUCGUAAUGUACCCCACCUAGCUUAGCAUCAAAGGUCCAACCCUUUGUUGCCGCCUCGGCCUUAACCACCGACCUGGUUCUGACUGUGGUCUCGUUUCUACGUCCAGCCGCCAGUUCCCGUGUUAUUGUACGGCGAGUUUGAGUCUGCAUGGUGUAAAAUAUCAACAUCGUUAAAAUCCAAUUACCACAACAUUAGCUGUAUGGGAUGCAUUAUUUUACAAUAUCCACAACGUCCUGCAGGUGGAGCAAGUCAGUUAUCGUAUUUUUGCGCAACUGUCAAAAUGAUGUUUAUAUUUGUACCUAGAACAUUAACUUUUCUGGCCAUGUCACCUUAAAUUCUGUAAUUCAGUGUGAACAAUUUUGCAAACAGAGGCAAGAAAGUGCAUUUAUAAAAACAAAGAAUUGGUCAAUUGAGGCAACAAAGAACAUUUUUAAGACCUUAAUAUGAAGUCUUGUUGGUUUGAUGCAUACGUAGGUCAUUGGACAACGUUAUGACCGCUGUAGCUGGGUAUGUGUUUGUUAUUUUAUAUGAA